AUGUUGUUCAUUCUUCCUCUCUCCACUCUCACACUUCAUCUAUAUUGUCCAUUUGCGCUCUCUCUCUCUCUCACGCUUCUUCUAUUUGCCCAUUCAAUUGUUCUCUUUCCACUCUCUCUUCCUCUAUGCUACCCAUUCAUUAUCUCUCUCUAUCUCUCUCUCUCUCUCUCUCUCUACUCUCACACUUCCUGUAUGUUGCCCAUUCUCUCUCUCUUUUUCUCUCUAACUUCACGUUCAGCCUUCUUCUAUGCUGGCCAUUCGUUUUCCUCUCUUUCUCUCUGCACUCUCACUCUAUCUUAUUCAUUCUGUCACUCUCUCUCCCCUCUCACAUUUCCUCUAUGUUGCCCAUUCUUUCUCUCUCUCCACUUUCAGCUUUUCUAUAUUGCACAUUCAUUUUUCCUCUCUCUCUCCACUCACUCUUCCUCUAUGUUACUCAUUCAUUAUCUGUCACUCUCUCUUUCCUUUCGCACUUCCUCUAUGUUGACCAUUUUUUCUUUUUUUUUCUCUCUCCCCACCAUUCUCACACUUCAUGUAUGUUGCCCAUUCACUCACUCACUCUCUCAACCUUCUAUGCUGGCCAUUCAUUUUUUGUCUAUCUCUCCCCACUCUCAUUCUUCCUCUAUGUUUCUUGUCCAUGACUUGUCACUCUCUCUCUCUCUCUUCAUUCUUUCCAUUCACUCCUCUUUCCUCUAUUUUAACUAUUCUUUUUCUUUCACUCCCCAUUCUUAUGCUUCCUUUAUGCUGCCCAUUCUCUCUUUCUCUUCACUCUCACUCUUCCUCUAUGUUACUCAUUCAUUAUCUCUCUCUCUCUCUCUUUAUGGGCCAGCAUGA